ACUGUGUUGCCAGGUUGGAGAGAAAUCCACUUUUAGCGGAAGUCUCUCAUCCCGUUGAGCGGUAGUGAUUUCCUGGCGUGCAGGAAGCUUGAUUUGGAGGAUUGAAGGAACCGGAUCUGGACACCGUGAAGAACACAAGUAUCAGCUGGAACGGAUUCCAGAAACACGGUAGUGCUGAGGAAUAUAAAUGACUGGCGAGGACGAUAAAAGGGCGUAUUCACUGAAAUUAUAUAGCGCUGGAUGGAUGAUCCAGUCUAUGCUGAUUAUUGCUCAUAUGUCAGAGUGUCGCUGCUCUGCCGGGAAGCCAUAGCGUUGGAUUAAUGUAAAGAAACACAGGCGCUUCCUCCUUCCACCUCCACAGGACUGACGGCUGGCCUGACAUCAUUGGCUGGUCGUUGGGAAUGAAUCAUCGCCUUCAUCAGGGGGGGUUCAGGGAUGCUGUCACUGUCACUGCACCCUUAAAAUACCACAGACAAACCACCACGUAGGUAUACAAACCCUCCAGACCCGGCCGCGUCUCUGUCCUUUUAAGAUUAUAAAGCCGUUUAAAGUCUUUGGGAGCCAGCAUGGAGGAAAUCCUGCGAAAGCUGCAGAAAGACGCGUCCGGCCACAAGCACAAAGCCAUCCGCGAUGCCUGCGUCCACGCCUGCGAAACACUUGAGUCUCAGAGCGGAUCAGCCAAGAUUUCCCCUUCACAACUUCGAGAGCGAUGUCUGCUGCCCCUACAGAUGGCUCUGGAGUCUAAAAAUACCAAACUGGGACAGACAGCUCUAAGUGGCAUGCAGAAGCUCCUGUGUGAGGACAGGUUUGUGGGCGGGAUUGGCGUGGAGGUGGAGGUCCUGGAGAAACAGCUGCUCAGCCAGAUGUUGGAGGCUGUCAGAGUCACCCCGUCUCUCCAUGAGGACCUGCAGGUGGAAGUCAUGAAGGUCCUUCUGUGCAUCACUUACUCACCAAACUUUGACAUUAACGGAGACUCAAUCCUCCGGAUCGCUGAGGUGUGUAUCGAGACCUACGUGUCCAGCUGUCACCAGCGCAGCAUCAACACGGCGGUCAGAGCUACACUGAGCCAGAUACUGGGAGACCUGACGCUACAGCUUCGACACAGACAAGAGGGUGCAGAUGGAGAUGAGCUGACUGCUUUGCCGCUGCAGAGAAGAGAUAUUUCUCCCACCAGCCAGGCUCUGUGUGAAGAUGUGGUGACAGUUUUGACAGUUUUCUGUGAAAAGCUGGAGUCAGUGGACAGUGAUAACCAGCUCCUGCAGCUCCUUUACCUGGAGUGCAUCCUCUCCAUGUUCAGCAGCUGUCCUCCCACAAUGCACCUGUCCAGAGGUUUCACUGACCUUGUAUGGAAGCAGCUGUGUCCGUCCCUGGUGGCGAUCAUGGGAAAUCCUGUCAAUGACAAAACCAUCACCUCCCACCACGGCCACAUGGGGGCGUUUGACCGCGAACGACUCUCAGAUAGACUCAGUCUAGGAUUCAGCCUGGAAAUGGAUUGUACUGGUGGAGGUGUGUCUGAUCAAGGCAGAGGGUCGGGCUGCUCCUCCAGCGCCCCCGCCAGGAUCGCUCCGGUAGUGCGGACGGUGUGUUACAUCGCUGCAGAGCUGGUGCGUCUGGUGAGCUGUGUGGAAUCGAUGAAACCGGUGCUGCAGUCACUCUACCACAGGAUCCUUCUGUAUCCGCCUCCUCAGCACCGCACAGAGGCCAUCCGCAUCAUGAAGGAGAUUCUGGGCAGUCCCCAGCGGCUGUACGACCUGGCUGGUCCGUGCGUGGCCGAACCUGAAACCAGGAAGCGCUCCUUUUCCAAGAGGAAGUCCCACCUGGACCUGCUCAAACUAGUGAUGGAUGGGAUGACAGAGGCCUGUAUGAAGGGAGGCAUUGAGGCGUGUUACUCCUCUGUCUCCUGUGCCUGCGCUCUCCUGGGAGCGCUGGACGAACUGUCACACGGACGAGGCAUCCAGCCCGAGCAGGCACGGCUUCUCCUCCGGCGACUGGACGAUCUGAAAGACGGGACGGAGUCGACACGAGAGUCUAUGGAGAUAAACGAGGCCGACUUCCGGUGGCAGAGACACAUCCUGUCCUCCGAGCAGCCUCCCUGGGACCCCAGCUCCUCUUCCUCCAACAUGGCCACCACCGGGACCUCUGAGCGCAGCCCUGACAUCAGCAUCAGCAUCACCACAGAAACGGGCCAAACCACCCUGGAUCUGGAGGUAGGGGAGCUCGGCCUAGGUCUGGGUCACACCACUCCCGAGGAGUGCGGGGAGGACACGCGCCUCCCCUCGCCCUCCUCUUGCGGCGGUCAGGAGGGGACGAAACGUGAGCUGAGCCAUGAGCUGGACCAGGGAGGCCAGCGGGAGGAGAGAGGAGGCACGAGGGAAGUCGAAGGAGGAGGAGGAGAGAAAGAAAGAGGAGGAGCUGGAGAGGGAGGAGGAGGUGGAGGAAGAGGAGGAAGAGUUGGAGAGAGAGGAGCUGUGGUUCCUCCAGAUGUGGUCCAGCGGAGCCACGCCCUUGUCUACCCUGACAUCACCAACUUCCUGUCUGUGGAGUCCAGGACCAGGACGCACCACGGAGGAGGGUCACGAUACAGCGAGAGCAACUUCAGUAUGGAGGAGCAGGACUUGUCGCGGACAGAGUUUGACUCAUGUGACCAGUACUCCAUGGCUGCGGAGAAAGACUCCGGCCGCUCUGACGUGUCCGACAUCGGCUCUGACAACGUCUCUCUGGCCGACGAGGAGCAGCAGACGCCUCGUGACUGCCCGGGUCACCGCUCCUUGCGCACCGCCGCCCUGUCGCUCAAACUGCUCCGCAACCAGGAAGCCGACCAGCAGAGCGCCAGGCUCUUCGUCCAAUCGCUGGCGGCGCUGCUCCCCCGACUGCUGGGAUUGGCCACCGCUACAGAGGUGGACCUGUCGCUGCAGAACUUCUCCUACACGUUCUGCUCUGGACUGCAGGCUGGUGGAAUCCACUCUCCGGGUUUCGAGGCAGGUGACACCCUCAGCUGCCAGUCUCUGAUGAACGCAGACGGCCUCUACCUGGUGUCGUACUACGCGCUGCUGCUCAACCUCAAACUCUGCUGCUGCGACUACUACAGACGGCGGACGCUCUCACCCGUCCUCAGCCUGAAGGAGUUUGUGCUUCUGAUCCAGAGCAGCGGGGUCCUCGUGGUUCUGUCUCAGGCCUGGAUCGAGGAGCUCUACCAUCAGGUGUUAGAACGCAACCUGCUGGCUGAAGCCGGGUACUGGGGCUCCCCGGAGGGUCAUACGCUGCCGCUUGUUACCAUGCUAACAGAUAUUGAUGGUCUGGGCAGCAGUGCAAUUGGAGGUCAGCUGAUCAGGAGGGCAUCCAGUCAAUUACCUCUCACCUGUGACAAGGCUAGCAGCGACACUGUAAUGGCAGGAGCUGUGUUCUCCCGCUUCAUCCUCACCGGUGUGUGGAAGAACCUGAUCGACGUGCUGUCCAUGCCGCUGACGGGCCGCAUGGCGGGCAGCUCCAAGGGCCUGGCCUUCAUCUUGGGAGCGGAGGGGAUCAAAGAGCAGAGCCAGAGGGAGAGAGACACCAUCUGUCUGAGUUUAGACGGCCUACGCAAAGCUGCUGCGCUCAGCUGUGCCCUGGGUGUGGCUGCCAACUGUGCAUCAGCUUUAGCCCAGAUGGCUGCAGCCUCCUGUGUACAGGAGGAGAAGGAAGAGAGGGAGGCGGCAGAGAUGGGAGACACCAUCACACAAGUGAAGCAGCGUGUCGAGCAGCGUCUGGAGCAGAUCAGUCGUCCUCAGGGAGUUCGUCUGCACACGGCUCACGUGUUGUGUAUGGACGCCAUCCUGAAUGUGGGGCUGGAGAUGGGCAGCCACAACCACGAGUGCUGGCCGCAUGUCUUUAGGGUAACGGAGUACAUCAGUUCACUGGAGCACACCCACUUCAGCGACGGCUCCUCUCAGCCAUCCUCACUGACCACCAUCACCCAGCAGAGCCAGCAGUUGGCCGGCGUAGACCUGGGGCUGGAGCUGAGCUGCGAGCCCAGCCCGGAGGCCUCGGAGAUGGGCCUGAGUCAGCCUGUCAUCCAGCCUCUGUCCAUCCAGGAGCUGCUGAGGGAGAACGGAAGAGGAGGCCGAGGCCUGGACCUGAGGAGCGGCAGCCUGAUGACCGGAACCAGCGCUGCAAAGGCCGUGUGUACGCUGUCAACACAGGCUGACAGGCUGUUUGAAGAAGCAGCCACCAAGCUGAAUCUCGUGGGUCUGGUUGGUUUCCUGCAGCAGCUGAGGAAAGCUUCUCAGAGUCAGCUGUUUGACUCCAUUACUGAGACUGGAGACUAUUCACUGGCAAUGCCAGGAGAAGCCAAGUCGACGCUGGACCGGCGCAGCGCUCUCCAUCUCUUCCGUCUGGGCGAGGCCAUGCUGCGGAUCGUCAGGAACAAGAACCGACCUCUGCUCCACAUGAUGAGGGCCUGGAGCGUGGUGGCGCCACACCUGGUGGAGGCGGCGUGUCAUAAAGAGCGCCAUGUAUCCCAGAAGGCCGUUUCCUUCAUCCACGACGUUCUGACAGAGGUGCUGACGAGCUGGGCGGAGCUUCCACACUUCCACUUUAACGAGGCGUUGUUCAGGCCCUUUGAGCACAUCAUGCAGCUGGAGCUCUGUGACGAGGACGUACAGGACCAGGUGAUAACAUCGAUAGGUGAACUGGUGGAGAUGUGUUCUCCUCAGAUCCUGUCAGGAUGGAGGCCUCUGUUCAGCGCUCUGAGGACCGUCCACAGCAGCAAGAGCGACACCAAAGACUACCUGCUGGGAGAAUACUCCAUGGGGAAGUCCCAGGCUCCGGUCUUUGACGUCUUUGAGGCUUUCAUCAACACUGACAACAUCCAGGUUUUUGCCAACGCUGCCACCGACUACAUCAUGUGCCUCAUGAAGUUCGUCAAAGGCUUAGGAGAGGUGGACUAUAAGGAGAUUGGAGACUGUGUCCAUGUGUCGGGUUACAGCUCCACUGACCUCUGCCUGCCUGCACUCGACUACCUCCGCAAAUGUUCGCAGCUGCUGGCUAAGAUCUACAAGAUGCCAUCCAAGCCGGUGUUCCUCGGGGCACGGCUCGCCAGCUUACCAAUGAGAUCGCAGGAACGCUCAAUCAGCAGCGAGGACGGGAUGGACUGUGUCCUGCAGGAGUUUGAUGAUGACACCGGUCUGAUCCAGGUGUGGAUUUUGUUGCUGGAGCAGCUGACAGCAGCGGUUUCAAACUGUCCUCGCCAACAUCAACCUCCAACUCUGGAUCUGCUUUUCACUCUGCUCAGAGAGGUCACCACCGUACCAGGUCCAGGGUUCGCCAUCUUCUCUGUCAUCCAGCUGCUGCUUCCUGUGAUGUCACUGUGGCUGCAGCGUAGCCAUGGCGACCACUCCUACUGGGAUGUGGCGGCAGCCAACUUCAAACACGCCAUUGGUCUGUGCUGCGAGCUGGUGGUGGAGCACGUCAACAGUUUCAUACAUUCAGAUAUCGGUUACGAGUCUUUGAUCAACCUGAUGUUGAAGGAUCUGUUCAAGCUACUGGUGGCCUGUGUGUCUGAACCUGCUGAGACCAUCUCCAGAGUGGGUUGCUCCUGCAUCAGGUAUGUGUUGGUGACGGUUGGUCCGGUGUUUACAGAAGAAAUGUGGAGGUUGGCCUGUUGCGCUCUGCAGGACGCUUUCUCUGCUACAUUAGAGCCUGUCAAGAAUCUUCUAGCAUGUUUUCAUAGUGGUUCAGACAGUUUUUCUGGUGAUGCCUGUGAGGUGAAGGUGGCUGCUCCGUCCCAUUCGCCCUCUGCUGAGGCAGAGUACUGGAGGAUCAAAGCUAUGGCUCAGCAGGUCUUCAUGUUGGACACCCAGUGCUCUCCAAAGACGCCCAACAACAAAGAUGGCUUUGAGCACGCUCAGUCCUGUGUUCUCAUUAUCGAGCUGCCAUCUGACCAGCAGUCAAACGGACACACUCAGAAAAGGAAAAUAGGGAUCCCGUUUCGGACCAUCGUGGUGAGCCUGCUGUCCCACCAGGUCCUGCUCCAAAACCUCUACGACAUUCUGCUGGAGGAGUUUGUCAAGCAGCCUGAAGGUCAUGAGAAGGUCACGCCUGUGACCUCUGACCCCAGCCGGCCAUCUGCAGGCUUCCUACGCUACAUCUCUAUGACUAACUUAGCCAUAAUCCUGGAUCUGCUGCUGGACUCUUACAGGACAGCGCGGGAGUUUGACACUCGGCCGGGCCUGAAGUACCUGCUGAUGAAGGUGUCAGGUGUUUGCGGAGCAGCUAACCUUUACCGUCAGUCUGCCAUGAGCUUCAACUUGUACUUCCAGGCGCUGCUGUGUGCAACACUGAGCCAAGCCGACAGCAUGACUGCACAGCAGGUGAAGCGGAUCUUGUACGAGGAAGAGGAGGGGAGCUCUGACUCCUCUCACCCCGGCUCUGCUUCCUCAGAGGACGAAGACAUAUUUGAAGAAACAGCACAGGUCAGCCCCCCUCGCGGCCGUGAAAAGCGUCAUCAGUGGCGAGCCCCGAACCCGUCGCUCAGCGUGCAGCCUCUGGGCAGCGCUGACUGGGCCUGGCUGGUGAAACGCCUCUACAAGCUGUGCAUGGAUCUGUGCAACAGCUACAUCCAGAUGCACCGGGAUCUGGAGAGCACGCUGGAGGAGACGCAUCUGCUGAGAGCAGGAGCAGCAGGAGGAGGAGGAGGAGAUCAUGUCUUCUUCCUGCCUCUCUUCCAGUCCGAGACUUCCACCCCGACGUCAGCAGGCGGGCUUUCGGCGAGGGGAACGCCUUCAGAGGAAGGCGGGUCCAGGUGUCAGACAGCGGAUAUCAGCACAGCGUCACCAGGAGACACACCCACACCCAGCCCAGGAUACAGCUGCACUGGCAGUCUGCCCCACCACUUCCGCACAGGAGAGAGGAGAGACUCUGGCAUCACAGGAAGCUCAGUUCCCAGCAGCACUGGACCAGGAAGGAGAAAGGAAUGGUGGGAAAGCGCCGGGAACAAACUGUACACCAUUGCGACAGAUAAAACCAUCAGCAAACUGAUGAUGGAGUACAAACGUAGGAAACAGCAGCAGCAGCAGCCGCAGCAGAGCCACGUCAACCUGUUCAUGAAAGAGCAGGGCCGGGCAGCAGCAGCAGGAGGAGGCGUCGGGGAGAGGAGGGGCCCAGUGGAUCAACAGAGGCCCCCGCAGAGGCCCCAGCAGCUGGUGGAUCAGCAGGGCCCCCCCUUGAGGCACUCAGUCAGCGCAGGGCCAGAGGUCCUCAGGCAGGAGAAACGGCCACGGUCAGGAUCCACCAUCAGCUCCCACAGCAUCUCGCUGAGGGACUCGGAGGCUCAGAUACAGGCGUGGACCAACAUGGUCUUGACUCUCCUCAAUCAGGUCCUCCUCCUGUCAGAUUCCUCCUUCCUGGCGCUCCAGCCGGCGCUCUACCCCUGCCUCAGCCAGCUCUCCUGCCACGUGACCGACGCACGAGUCCGCCAGGCGCUGCGCGAGUGGCUGGGCCGUGUCGGCAGACUCUAUGACAUCAUCGUGUGACAUCGCUGCGAGAGAACACGGAAGUAUCGACGACAGGUGCGGUUGGACGUCGGUCAGUGAAGGACGUAAACUGAUGAAAGAGGGAUUAGAUUGGUGGGGUAGACUUGUUUGGCGCCAUUGUGCGAUCAUGUCAGUAUGCAGUUGAUUGACGAAGAGUUGAUUGGUUGGUGGAUGGCGCGAUGCGAAGGAUGAGAUGUGUGCCACACUGUGACAUCAUAAUGUCACAAUAGAACAGAUUGGUGGAAUGAUGGAGGGUUUGACUGAUUGGCAGCCUUUGAUGUUAUCGUAUUGAUUGGUGGCAGGUAGGAUACUGACUGGACUAUGAUUGGUGGACAUCACAUGACAUCAGGUUUGAAGAUAUAAUUGGCUGAUGAAUGAUGUAGGGGGAAGAAUGGAGGAUUUCACUGGUUUGUCAAGGAUUCUUUGUGUGAUGGAAGUUAUUUGAUAGCGAAUGAGUCUUUUCUGCCUCUUGUUCCUACAUUUAUCUCCACAUACACAAAAUUACAUGGAAGUGCACAAAAGAACACACACACACAUUGAUUGUGUCAGAGCUUUUAAAUAUGAUUUAGACUAAACUGAUUUUGUUCAUCAUUAUCAUCACAGUAUUGUCAUUUGCCACAACAUGCUCCCACGUAAAUGAUAAAUGAUGUUGAAUUAUCGCAGCUCUAACUGGGCUGCAGACAUAAAUGUGCACAUGUCAGUUCAUUGUUCGUUAUUAUUAUUUGGCCAUUAUCCCUUUUAUUAAUUAAGUUCCUUGCUUAUAUUAUGUUUCAAUAUUGCCAAAAAACAAUUUGGUGGUGAUACUGAGAGUACACGUAAACAAAAUGUCAGUUAUAAUCCCUUUGUUAGGUCAAAGCUGAAACAAGAGUUUGGUUUACAACAAAUGGGUUAGGUAAAAAUUGUAAUAUUUGUAAUAUUUAAUGUAAUAGGGACGAAGUUGCCUCCCCAGAUCUCCGUAAAAUUAAAACAAUUCCUUGCAAGUGCUGGGCGAUAUGGACAAAAUCAAAUAUCAUAUUAUUUUUGACCAAAUAUCUCGAUAUCAGUAUUGUGACAAUAUUGAAGGGAUGACUAUUGAUGCUUUCACACAGUAUUUACACAAUGAGAUUUUUGAUAAAUGAUCAUCAGUAAUGUGAAUAUAAUGACUAAAUGGGUAAAGACAAAUAAUAGAACAACUAGAACAGCCUGUAAUGCCUUUAAAACCAGGAAAAGACAACACAUAUGCCAUAUCAUGAUAUUAAGAUAUCCACAAUCUAAGACGAUAUCUAGUCUCAUAUCACGAUAUUGAUAUAAUAUCGAUAUAUUGCUCAGCCCUAAUGCCGGCACUAAAACCAAUUCUAAACUAAUAUUUAUCUUGACAGUUUGAUAAAUGUGGACUACUGUGGUCCUUGAUGAGCAUGUGACAAUCAACAUUUAUCAUUGCGCUGGAUCAGAUAUUAUAUGGUCUGGCAUAUGGAUUUAAAACCAGUUUUGUUGUUAGAGGAAGUUGGACAGCCGGACAUGAAGAUUCCACUCUGGUUAUUAAGUCGUCUCCUUUCAACACAUUAAACACAGUAGAUUUAAAGUUGUCAGCAGGAAUAAAACAGAAGACAUUUUAUCUGUCAAAGAAGUGUUUCUGAGCCACCAAAGACAGGAAGGUAGAGCACAAACACCUCACUAUACAGUGUUUACUGGCCAAAUCAUUAUGUCAAGACCAGAUUUAAACUAAAGUCAUCAUCACUGAUUAUGCAAUGAUGAUGCAAACAGAUUUGGUGUGAUAGACAGGCAACAGAUGACAAAGUGAAACCAUGAAUUUAAAUAAAGUUUUUUUCACCACUGUGAUAUCUCCAUAUGAUGAGCACUGUUGAGGCAAUUCCUCUGGAACUGUUGCACUUAACUACCCAUCAUGCCAUCUGUUCACCUUUAUUAGUAAUUCAGCACCCACUAAGAACCUUUUAUUUAGUGGUUUAAUGUCUCAUCUUGCUGCAAUGAUGUAGGAGUGUACUCCAGGACCUUGUGACAUCACUGGUGGGUGUGGUUAUGGUGGAACAAAACACACUUCUGACCACACCCAACAGUGAUGGUAAAGGCCUUAAACUUUCAUCCAAAGAGGGGAGUGAAACACUAUUUUUCAGCUGUCGGUUCACAUAAAUUACAAUCAGAAUGAAACCUUUUUUAAUUGGGGUAAACUUGUUGUAUAGCACAUUUUUCUGUUUUGCCUCUCACAUCACUAAUUCAAUCUCAUCAUCAAUCGAUGUGAUACUAAAGAGAUUUUAUCGUUGUACACUCUCUGGAGGCUUGUUUCAUGGGGAAGUUGGAAGAAAUGCAAGGAGGAGAACUCUAGUAUGCCACAAUCUUGAACUGACAGGUAAUUUAUGAGAAAUGUUGUGUAUAAACCAGUGAUGAACACCAAAGAUGAUGCCAAAAGCAAACCACAAGAAUCUUGGAGAUCACUUGCAUCAAAAAAAUACAGUCUCUGUGUUUUUAAUCACAACACCUGCUGUUUUAUUUGUUUUUGGGUUAUUUUUUGUGUGUGUGUGUUUCUUUAGAAUCAGAGUGAUGCCAUGUUACAUCUGAUGGAUAGUUGAUGCUAUUUUGAAAGGGAAAAGAGAACUUUGAUGAGAAUCUGUGUUUGCAUUUGUUCUGAUUGUAUGUGAAUGUUUUCUAUAUCCAGCUUUAAAUACUGUGGCCGUUUUAUUCACUUACACCCGAAUGUCUUUGUUUAUUAUUUACUCUUUAAACCUUCUGGAAUGACUGUUUUACCAAAAUGGAGCAAUCAAGUAUUUAUUUUAACCAAAUGCCACAUACAGUGCGUGUAUUUUAACAUUUAAUGCCUAUAAUAUACUAUACAUGUUACUAUUUCGCAGUUUAUGUAUGUACAUGUAUUUAUGUAAAUUAUUUAUGAUUUAAAAUAUUUAAUGUGUUGUAGGCUAUUGAGCAUAUUCUAUUUUUCUUAGAGUUGUUUUUCACUUGUUAUCUUCUCACUUGAUGCAGUAUGUGCUUGUAAUACAGUAUCUGAUACAGUGCCUUUUUUUUGAGCAUUGACACUGACACAAGCAAGGCACUACUGACACUGUCAGUGUUUGGGGUGUGAUUCCCACUGGGGCUGUUGGUGUUAAUUAUGCCUCUGGGUUUAAACAGUUUCAAAUUCAUCACAUGUUCACAACAACACCUUUUUAAAUCCAUUCUUCAUCCCAAGUCACUCAAUAUCCACCUUCUUUCUUUAAUUGAGAGACAACUGUUACACAUUAGGCUCCAACUAGUUUUCUCUUUUGAUCAAUUAAUUGAUCUUUUAGUCAAUAAAAUCUCAGAAAAUACCCAUUCACCUUUCCCAGAGCUGAAGGAGACAUCUUCAAAUAACUUGUUUUGUCUCACCAAAAGUCCAGAACGCAAAGAUAUUCAAUUUACAAUUCUAUAAAACAGAAAAGCAGCAAAAUGUUACAUUUCAGAAGAGAACAUCUGGCAUUCUGUCCUCAGUAAAUGACUUAUGACAAAAAAUCAAUUAUCUAAAUAUCUUAAGGACAUUUGCUGUGGAUAUUUUCAGUGUCCAGAGGAUGAAUUCUAAUAUUUUUGACCCCCUGAUUUUUCCUUUAGCACCACCAUCAAACCAUCUGCACACAGGAAAUAUCAGAAUCUACCAGGGUUGAUUGAUAAAAUUUACUGAUCACAUUCCAGCUCCCCUGACGAUGAACCUUUAGAUAUGAAAGCCCCUUCCUGAAGCACCACUUAGAGCCAAUUAAAGUAUAAUAUAUUUUUUAUUUUUAUUAUUGAUAAUAUUCUAAAAAUGGCGAAAUCAUAAGUAUGUUUUUGUCUUGUCCAACACUUUAAUGGGAUGUAAUGAACAUUGUAGCCUCUGGAAAACACUAGAAUUACUUUUUAUUUGUUCAUAUUUCAAUACAAAGACCUUAGAAGCAUCUCAACUAUCAGCAGAAAUCUUCCACUUUUUCCUUUGUGGUUGAAUUGUUAAACUAAUGCUGCUGUUCUCACGUGGACAAUACUAAAGAUACAAGAAAGUAAGGUUAUCAAGUACAAUGUAGACCAAAGAAAAUAAACUGUGAGUGUAAUUACACCCUUUGUUUUGUAUCACAACACAUACAAAGUUACAGUUUCUAGUUUGUAACGACCAGCAGAAUGAGCUGAAUCUGGACUGACCUCCAUUCAUGCCACUGUGUAUUUUAGGACAGAUUAUGAAUGAAAGAAGAGAGUGUUUAACUGAUGCUAACUUCACCAGCUCAGACCAUAUUGAGGGCAGACAGACAGGCAGGUCGGACAGGGCGGGGCAUCUGAAGCUCCAAAGAAGAUUUACUCUUCUUUGGUUCGUCAGCAGCCGAGGGUUUUUCCCUUUCAUUUGCACUCGUUGCUCUCUCUUUCCAACUUUCUCUGUUGCUUCGUUCACUGACACACACUUCCAACCUUGGCUCCUUUCUCACCUCCGCAAGUUACAGAAAUUGUGAGAAAGGUGUUGGGGGAGGAAGUUAUUUGACCAUCAUACAACUGAUAUGAAGUAUACUGGCACAUUAAAGUUAACAUUCACCAUCUUAUUUUACUGUGUGAGCAUGCUGACAUUUGCUAAAUGCAACUGAGGCUGAUGUUAUCUUGCAGGUAUUUGGUCAUAAAGCAAAGAAAUGAGGGCGACAUGAAUGUGUUUGCCACAUUUCAUGGUGAUGCAUCCAACAGUUGUUGAGACAUUUCACAAAUCAAAAACCACAAAUGUCAACCUCAUGGUGGCACUAAAAGGAAAGUCGGGGGUUCACCAAAGUCAGUAGGGUUCAUCCAAUAAAUGUCUGUACAACAGACAUCAUUGUCCUUACCUUGGUUAACAAUGUGCUCUGGUUCCCCCAAAUUGUGUUUAGUCCGCAGGGCAAUAUUACUCAGUUUUCUCUUAAAGAAAGCAGACUGCACAUAUAAUUACUAACUCAAAAAAAGUGUAUUUAGGUUUUUAAUAUUCUUUGUGUUAGAAAUAUAUCAAAUCACAUGUAGCCUACAAUGUUUGCUGCCACAUUGAUGUUAUAUCAAAUAACAGUAUCCCUGAAACUUCUCAUCCCAGUUCCCUAAUUUUAUAGUGUCGCUCCUUUGCACUUUUGCUCCCAGGAAGUAGUCAUUUCCAACUGUCUAGAAUGUGAAAAGCAGCAUUAGUCUCUGUCCCAUCCUGUCUGCUUUCCCGUCCUCCUCAGCCCCUCCCAGUGUCCCUGACCUGUCCCUGUCUGUCCUUAUUCCCUUCUGUUUGAGGGCGAGCAGCGAGCGGACAGAUGUUGUCGGCCAUCAGUGUGAUCAGCAGCAGCAAGGGAAGGAUUUAGUUGGUGUUAAGUCCAUGAUGGCGUUUCCAUCUAAAAAAAAAAAAAAGUAGUCGACUAAUGUGUCAGUGUCAUGCAACGAUUCUCCACCGACAGUUUGUGUCGGCUUCCACUUCGCCUGUUUUUUUUUCAAUGCGUUCAUUCUCUCAGAUGAUGUUUUGUGUGUCUAUACAGCAUGACGUCGUUCACAUAAUGGAUAUUUCUUACGCUGACUCCAAAGAUGAGAUAAAUCUUUUGUGUGCA